UUAGUUUUAAUAUUAGAUCAUAUUCAAGAUCCCUUUAAUUUUGGUGGAAUAAUUAGAACAGCAGUUUCUUGUGGUGUAAAUACUAUAAUUAUUCCGAAAAUAAAACAAACAUUAGUUACUAAUUCAGGUAAUUUUAUAAUUAAAAUUCCAAUGAAACAUGUUGAAUCUUUAAAUGUUUCUGUUGCAACUGCAAUAAUAUUAUAUGAAAUUAGAAAUAAA